GAAAUGUGCAGCAGUGGUGGUGCCGUCGUCGUUUAGCAUAGGUCAUAGGACUCGAUAGGCAGAAGAACACUACCUACACACUAUAGGCGCGCAGUAGCUGCUGCAGCAAGCUGCAAGGUAGGCACAUUACGUACUAGCUGUAUAGUGCAGGGAAUAGAGGAAAACGCAUGUUUUCGCGCGCGGCAAGCUUCUACCUAAACGCAUAUUACAUAUAGGCCGCAGACACUGUGCAUUGUAACGGCUCUCUAUCGUCUAUAACGCGGCUAGGCGCAGCAGCUCGUCGUCGUUGCUUUGGCGCAGUUCCCUCUGCGUCGCGCCGCCUCUCAGCUGCACACGAUCUGGAAAUCCGAGAAUUUUUCACCGAGCGCGCGCGAGUGGGGCGGGCAAAAUACUGCAGGAGCUGCAGCGCUUGUCAUUCUCGGGGCGAUCAAUUCCGCGACACCGCCAACACACACGCGGUAUAGCUGCAGACCAAGUGCGUAAGUAGGCUCGCUACCUUUCGACCCUGCGCCGCUAAAAACUCGUCGUCGACAUUUGCUGCUGUUGCUGCUGCAGUUGAACGCUGCAGUAGAGCCGCCAGCGCCGAGCAGACGCUCUUUCGCAUCCAAACAACAGCCGCAAAAUACGCCCCGCGCUGUCUGUCACUCCCUCGCUCGCGCUCCAAUCGUACUUCCUCCUUCCUUCUCGCUGCGCGCGAGUGUAUCGGAUGUGCGUGUUUGAGUCUGUUUAGUCGCUCUAGACUUGUGCGUGCAAUCUGCGAAAGAACAACAGUACGCUCUCCACGCUCUGCAGCUACGCUGAUCCUCGACCGUGGCCUCUGUUCGCUGUGCUGAUCAACCGGCAAGAUGACGGUCAUCACCAAAGCGAUAGGCGAGAAAAAAGUCAAGGCGGCCGACAAAUUGGAGCAGCCAUUGGUUGUUGGUCUGGAAGUCCCGACUGAUGAAGCUCAAGUCGAUCCAGAAAGUCAACACCCAAAAAAUGAUUAUGUCGUUAGGAAACGAUAUUUAAUUUUGAGCAGCAAUGCUCUUCGACCAAGUGCCAUGACAACAUUGUGUCUAUUUAUGACAGCAAUUAUUGUCAUGAGCAUUGGUAUUAUUGGUGGUCUUUGCAUUUACAAACUCUACGCAAGAGAUCAGAUGCAUAGAUUCCGUACUGCUUGGUACAGCAUUCCUUACGAUGCUUCUAACAAAGCUCAGUAUUCGAUGGAUGAGCAGCUGGCCAUGGAAUUUGAAAAGGCCAUUCGACCAAAAAAUUUCUUCAGUGAACAGUUUGAAAUUGAUGUUGAUAACCAAAUACAGAAAAUUGAUGUACCUGAUUUCCGUGGUGGACGACAAGGUCGAUUCAUUCAUGACUUUAACAUUAACAAGACUGGAAUUAUCGACAUCGAUGGCCAUAGCUGCUUUGUUAUGCCACUAAAUCGUCAAAGAGUUUUACCACCUCGCAACAUGUAUGACCUUUUGAAGAAAAUGUACAACGGUUACUACGAGGUAGAUACAGAAAUCGUUAGAGAAACUAUGAAAGUCCUUGUUCCACCAAUUGAUGACCUUUCUGUUAUCGGAACUUACAUUGCACGGGAAUGCCAAAGCAUGCCGACAUAUUUAUUGCAACCAGUUAAUGAUAAUGUUUACAAACGCAGCACAUCUAGUGGUAUUUAUGGUCAAUUUGCUGGAAAGAACAUUAUAGAAUUUGAUAUCAUUAAUUUAGAUAGUGUUAUUACUAAGAAAAAAUAAAUGUUAAUUCUAUCGCGUACGUGUAUACAUGAAUACAUACGUAUUAAUGUAAUAUCUAGCGAUAGUUGCAUGUCACUUGUUAUAAUUCUUCCAUUUCUGGCUGUAGGGAAAAGUCAUUUGACACAAUUGCGCAGAAUUAUAACUGCGUCUUUAUAGAAAUUUUAUUUAGACGACAAAAAUGUUUAAAUCUGACGUGACUGAAUCGAUCUUGUGAUGAAUGAUGGCAUGUCUGUGCGUUUCGAAUUAUAACUAUUGAAAACAAAACCUGCGUAUUCGUAUGCGAUUUAAUACCAAGGUAAGGGAUUGUAUAAUGCAAUUACCUAAUAUUAUGUUUACUUGCGCCAAAGUGCGGUGUUUAUACGUAUUUAAAAAGUAUGUCAUUCGUAUUAUUUUUUUUUUUAAAUCAGUAUCUUAUUGACACUUGUAUUAAAAAUGUUUCUUAUACAAAGAAUACUGAUAAGUCUACAAUUGAUAUUUAUAAAAGUAGGCAUCAAUUCUGGUAACAACGUAAAUUUGUAACUGUGUACAUUAAAUGAUAUAAAAAAACUUUAUAACUUCUUCUAAUUUCAAGGAGAUAGAUAUGAUUUUGUUUUAGUAUGUGUCAGUUAGAUACUUGAUGAUAUUUUUAAUGCAGAGUAAGAUAUCUUUUAAGUCUACUUUAAUUAGUUAUAUAGGUUAAUGGUAUAUUUGCCGAUUAGAGUCUUUGAAAAUAACAUUUAUUGCAUUAAAUAAUGUGUAAUGAAUUUUGAAUGGUAAAAUAAAAAUUGUAAAUUCUUAUAUAAGAAAUAAAUACAAGUUAGAAAAAAA